AUGCGAAGGGAACCACCCGAGAGCCGAAUGCAGAUUCCGGGACGCUAUCUGCCAAAGAUGCGAAAAGAAAGGGCACAUAGCGAGGGUCUGCAGGGCAUCCCAGCCAGCCUCAAGGAGGACCAGACCCCCCCGAUCACCAACAAACAACAGAAAAUUCCAGACAAGUGGGAAGAGACAACCCGCCUCACCCUCAUCGACUACCAAGGGAACCGAAUUCCUGUGGUAGGCAUUGGCAAGUUCAACGUAGCCUACAAGACAUUCAAAGCCACGCUACCCCUCACGAUUGUGGACAGAGACCGGCCCAGCCUGCUGGGCAUGGAGUGGUUCGAGCCAUUGGGGCUAGCCAUCACCGAUGUCGAUCACAUCAGAAACGACACCUGGGAGGAGGACCUGAUGAGGGAGUUCGCAGAGGUCUUUAACAAUGAGCUAGGCAAGUACAAAGGGUCCCCAAUCUCAUUCAAUUUAGACCCCCAGGUAGCCCCAAUCCGAAUCAAACCCCGGAGAGUCCCUUUUGCACUACGGCCAAAAAUAGACGAACAAUUAGAUAAACUGGUCACGCAGGGAGUGUUAGAGCCAAUAGACCACGCGAGAUGGGAAACCCCCAUCGUGACACCGAUUAAACCGGACGGGGGAAGAAUCUUCGCAAAAUUGGAUUUAGCACAAGCAUACCAGCAGCUGCCCGUAGAUGAAGCCACCGUGGAAGCACAAACCAUCGUUACACACAGGGGCGCAUUCAAAUGUAAGAGACUGCAAUUUGGGUUCCUGGGAUACUUGAUAGAUGAGUCGGGAAUUAGACCCACCCCCGGGAAGCUGAGAGCGAUCAAGGAAGCACCCCCCCAAAAAAAUAAAACCGAACUGCAGGCAUUUUUGGGGUUGCUUAACUUUUAUAAUAUCUUCCUACCGCAGAAAGCUACCACUGCUGAACCACUCCACCGGCUACUGGACAGGAAGGCAGAAUGGAAAUGGGGGGAGCGAGAGAGGAAAGCGUUCGAAGACAUAAAGAACCUUUUAACGUCAGACAGAGUUUUAGUGCAAUACAGUGGGACAUUACCCAUAAGACUAACUUGCGAUGCAUCCCCCUUCGGCAUCGGAGCUGUAUUGAGCCACAAGAUGCCUAACGGAACAGAGGCCCCCAUUGCAUUUUUCUCCCGGACUUUGUCAAAACCCGAACGGAACUAUAGCCAAUUGGACAAAGAGGCGUUAGCCGCAGUAGCCAGAAUAAAAAGGUUCCAUGAGUAUCUCUACGGUCGGAGUUUUGAACUAAUAACCGACCACAACCAAUUGUUAGGCAUCAUAGCAGGGGACAAACCAACACCCCCCGUUUUGUCACCCAGAAUGCUAAGAUGGGUGGAGUUUCUGGCGGCCUACAAGUACACACUGCUCCACCACCCGGGAAAAUCAAUCGACCAUGCAGACGCCCUCAGCAGGUGCCCACUUCCAGAAACGGGGGAGGAUCCAGCGCCAGCGAUGACCACCCUGCUAAUCGAGACGAUGGAGGAAGCCCGAAUUUCUGCAGCUGACAUCGCGAGGGCCACCUCAAAGGACAAAAUACUGGCGCGAAUUUUAAAUUGGAUCUGGAAGGGGUGGCCGGAGGAAAAAGACAUAAGCACAGAGUUCCUGCCAUACAAACGGAGGCAAAAUGAACUGUCAGGACUAAGGGGGUGCAUGUUGUGGGGGGAUAGAGUCAUUGUUCCAAACACACUAAGACAACAGACACUCAGAUUACUCCACGACGGGCACCCGGGGAUCGUGAGGAUGAAAGCCCUGGCCAGAAGCUACGUGUGGUGGCCCGGGAUGGACAAGGAAAUCGAGACGUGGGUGUCCUCCUGCGCAAACUGCCAAGAGUCGAGGGCAGCACCAAACUCAGCCCCCGUCCACGACUGGGAAAACCCGGGAACACCAUGGGCCAGAUUGCACAUCGACUUCGCAGGGCCGUACAAAGGGAAUACGUUCCUAGUCAUCGUGGACGCAUAUUCAAAGUGGCUCGAAGUAGUGCUCAUGUCGACGACCACAGCAGACGCAGUGAUUAAAGUAUUGAGACGCCUAUUCGCCACACAUGGGAUUCCCGACCUCAUAGUCUCCGACAACGGGCCGCCGUUCACAUCAAACACCUUCGAGAUGUUCCUCGCUGACCAAGGAAUAAGGCACGCCUUAUCGGCCCCCAAAAAACCUUUGAUGAACGGUUUGGCGGAACGGAUGGUGAGAUCUACAAGGGAGACGCUUAUGAGAUUAGGCCCAGGGGACAUUCAGGCCAAAUUAGAUAAACUAUUAGCCAUCCAGCACAUUACACCAAGCGCCACGACCCACCGAAGCCCAGCAGAAUUAUUAAUGGGCCGUAAGCUGAGAUCCCCUCUGGACAGACUGCACCCGCAGUACAGCACAGAGAAGCCAACCAACUCCACGAGCAGAAUCCGAGAGUUCCAGCCAGGGGACAGAGUCUACGCAAAAAACCUGAGCGGAAACCCACUCUGGGUACCAGCAACAAUAACCCAGGUGACGGGGCCCCUGUCCUACCGGGUCCAGACAACAGACGGCCAGCACUGGAAAAGGCACAUCGACCAGCUCAGGGGAAGAUUAACGAGAGUCGAGAGGGAAACCCAGCACAACAACCAGGGGGAAGGAAAAGACACGCAAGUGGUACCAGAGUGGGCCAAUACACAAACGCCAGUUCUGGACACGCCUAACACCAGCCCGGAAGAAGAUAACAGCGAGCACGUACCUGAGUCCACGGAGGAGGCGACAGGCGCCGAAAGGAGCCGGCGGAGACAGCCAAGUAAAGUGGGAGAAGGAGGCGAAUCCACGCCGGAGACCGAGUUCGAGAGAGUUCCGGAGCCCACACAGAGGAAGCAGUGGACCUCAACCUCUCAACCCGAAGGCACCGGAACGACUGAACUGCGCAGGUCCGGUCGAACCUCCAAGUGA